AUGGUCACAGCGGACUGUACAGGCUGUAGUCAACCACCCCCCACUGGACUCAACCUUGGAAACAACUUCCUUGAAAAACAUACAAACCGUCGACCACGCCCGGCUUCGACCACGAGAGAGUGCGCCAUGUUGCCGCCGCUGACGGUAGAGCAGAUAGCCCGCCAGGCCGGCCAGUACGAGUUUGAUCCCCAGGUGCCCCUGCGAUACUGGCUGAGGUCUGCCGGCCUGCUCGUCAAGGAGGCACGCAUCUAUGAACAAGAAGGGAACGACCAGCAGGCGUACCUCCUGCUCUUCAGACACGCUCAGCUCGUCCUCAUCAACCUGACAGGACACCCCGAUGCCCGCGACCCAAAGAACAAGCAGGGUCUCGCUGCGGCCAAGAAGGAGGUCCAGGCCUCCCUCAACAAGCUCGAGAUCCUCAAGCCUCGUAUACGCAGGCUGUAUACCUUCUUCUCGGACCUGGAUGCCACGGUCCAGAGUGCCACUACGGUGCAGGAUCCCGCGCUCGCAGGGCGGCCGGAGCCACUGCAGGCGGCGGAUAACAGAGACUUUGCCGUCAGGUUGGCCCAGAGUGAGUUUAGACGGAGGGCCACGGCGCGUGGCGGAGGCGGAGGAGAGAUCAGGAGAAGGACGUCCUAUGCCAGCUCAGAGGCCAGCUGCAGCACCACCAGGACAGAGGGGGACGUCCUGGCCAGGAGGCUGCAGGAGGUCAGGUCGAUGCUCAACAGUCAGUCCGCUGCCACCACUGCCACCACCACGGCUGAUGCCACCACCACCACUUCCAUCUUGCCCAUGGAGCAGCAUCUCUCCGGAUACAGAUACCCCUCCAUCCCCAGACAGAGCCAGUACACGCCCGUGCCCGCCUCCCUUCCAAAGCAGGAUGUCUCGCGGCCACCACCACCCGUCCCGGGCAAGACGCCGGCCAUACCCGCCAAGAUCAUCGACUCUCCCCAACAUACAGCCAAUCUCACCACCACCACCACCACUUCAACACUCCUCCCUCCUCUACUACCAAGCAAGGUUCCGCCCCUUCCCCCAAGACCAGGCUCGGCAACCCCGUCACCAUCCCCUACCCCUACCCACUCGCGCUCACACACCCUCGCAUCUCCUCCCUCACUCCCCAGCAAGGAUGACCUCCACCCUUCAACCUUCACCUUCAAACCCUCUUCCUACCUCGAAAACGGCACCCCGCUCCGCACAAUCUUCAUCUCCCCCGACCUCCGCGCCCAGUUCCUCUCCAUCGCCUCCCCCAACACCACCUCAAACCUGGAAACAUGCGGCAUCCUAGCCGGCACCCUCAUCUCCAACGCCUUCUUCAUAUCAAAGCUCAUCAUCCCCGAACAAGAGUCUACCCCCGAUACAUGCGAGAUGCUCAACGAGGCUGCCAUCUUCGAGUACUGCGAAUCAGAAGACCUCAUGGUCCUAGGCUGGAUACACACCCACCCCAGCCAGACAUGCUUCAUGAGCUCGAGGGACCUGCACACCCAGUCCGGCUACCAGGUCAUGCUGUCCGAGAGCAUUGCCAUUGUCUUCGGUCCUGAACUGUACCAGGCCCGGCUUGUUCCACCCGCACGAUGA